AGAAGCAGCGAGCAGACCGGAGAUAAAUAAGAGACUAAAGAUGGCGACGGUGGAGGAUUCAUGGGACAAAUUCGGAUCCAAAACUUGCCUUCGGAACACAGAGUCCAGCGGUCCAGUCGCGCAGUGAGAACCGCGAAACCCCGCGACACCCGGUUCCGCUUUCGUGGCUCCGUUACACGGCUUUACUUCCACACUUUCUCGCUUGCGGUAGCAAAUAAAGCGGAUUUUGGAUUCAGAUCAUCCGAGCUGACACCGGAUCCCGCUGAUAUGAUCCCGGACUGAACUGAACCGAGUCCGUGUCGAACUGUUGUUUGGUUCUGGUGGAUGGAGGCCGCUGGAGAGAGUCUGUCUGCCCCGGUGUCGCAGUGAUUUGGGUCGGAACCGGAUCGUGAUGUAUUUUCUGAGCGGCUGGCCUCGGAGACUCCUCUGCCCGCUCCGGAGCAGCGAGCGGCCCUUCCUGAUCGAGCCCAGCGCGCAACGCUUCUACCUGGCGGUGCUGUCCGAGACCCAGAUCAGCAUCUGGUCCAGCCGGCCCAGCGUGUUGAUCGUCAGUUAUAUCGAGUCUGGGAAAGCGGCUGCACAGUUCGGCUUCUAUCAGCUGGUGGAAUGGAAGCCUGAUGACUCCAUGAUCGCAGUGACGUCUGGGUCAGAAUCGUCACGCGUGUUCAGACAGCAGAUCUCGGUGUUUCCACUGCCAGACGUCACAGCGGUGCAGGAUUACAGCACGACCGCAGGCUUGAUUUCACAGCGCCGCUCUUCUGUGUCUGAAUCAACAUGGAGCAGUCUGCAGCCGGUCACAGGUUCAGACCUGCAGGAGUGGAGUCUUGUGCUGAUCUGCGGCGUCUCUGUGAGAUCUGAUGUCUCUCUCACACAGCAGAUACUCACUGUUACGGGCGCUCGUGUUAAGGUGACUCCGGGUUACAAAGAGGAACAGUGCGCUCCAGCUCUGACCCUCGAGAUGAAGAAACCCGUCGACCUGGAGGCUCCAAUCAGCUGUCUGCAGACGCUGCAGGAGGAUCUGUUAGUGGCGACGGCAGACGGUUAUCUGCACAUGCUGCACUGGGACAGUGUGAGUAACGGACGGAGAGCAGUGAACCUGUGCACCAUCCCGUUCUCCCUUGACCUGCAGUCCUCCAGAGGAGGGCCGUGUCUGGAUCUGGACUGUGUUCACAUUCGGGAGAUGGAGUACUGCGCUACACUGGAUGGAUUUGCAGUGGUGUUUGAUGACGGGCGACUCGGAUUCAUCACGCCAACCGCAAACAGACUCGCCACAGACCAGCUGCAGGGCGUUUGGGCCGCAGACGUCUCUGAUGGCACGUGUGUCGCCGUCAACAACAAAUACAGACUCAUGGCUUUCGGAUGCGCAAGCGGGUCAGUGUUGGUGUACAUGAUUGACAGCUCUACAGGAUCGAUGCAGCUCUCUCAUAAACUGGAGUUAACCCCGAAACACUACCCAGAUACCUGGAAUAAGACGGGUGCUGUGAAGAUGAUCCGCUGGUCUCCGGACUGCAGCGUUGCCAUGGUGACGUGGGACUGUGGCGGUCUGUCUCUGUGGAGUGUGUUUGGAGCUCAUCUCAUCUGCACACUCGGGGAGGACUUCGCCUAUCGCUCAGACGGCACUAAGAAAGAGCCUCUGAAGAUCAGCUGUAUGAGCUGGGGUGUGGAGGGAUAUCAUCUGUGGGUGAUCAGCAGCACAGACGCGACUCCUGUUCCCGACGGAGCGGAAGGAGACGAGAAACUCCAGCAGACCGGCAUCCUGCAGUUUCAGUUCAUUAAGAGCGCGCUGACCGUCAACCCGUGCACAAGUAAUCAGGAGCAGGUGUUGCUCCACGGAGAGGAUCGUUUGUAUCUGACCUGUGGAGAACCGACUCAGGCUCACAGUGUGUCGGAUAAGAGCCCGUCUCGGGACAGCGGCAGCCCUCUCUCUCAGGGUCUCAGCACUUUACUGGGCCACAAGCACUGGCAGGUGGUUCAGAUUCACAGCACAUAUCUAGAGACAAACUGGCCCAUCAGGUUCGCAGCUAUAGACUGGUCUGGUCAGUGUGUGGCCGUAGCUGGCCGGCGUGGAUUUGCACAUUACUCAUUAUACACCAGAAAAUGGAAACUGUUUGGUAACGUCACACAGGAGCAGAAUAUGACGGUGACGGGAGGUCUCACGUGGUGGGACGACUUUGUUGUUGUUGCCUGUUACAAUUUCAUUGACCGGCAGGAAGAGCUGAGGCUAUACGUGCGCACAUCUAACCUGGAUAACGUGUUUGCCAGCAUCACUAAACUUCAGGCCGACACGCUGCUGCUGAACGUGUUUCGUAACGUGGUGAUUCUGUUCCGGGCCGACUGCUCCAUCUGCCUGUACAGCAUCGAGAGACGACACGACAGUCCGAACCCGUCGGUCAGUGUGGAGCUGCUGCAGGAGGUCUCCAUGUCCCGGUAUAUUCCUCACCCCGGUCUGGUGGUGUCUGUGACCCUCACGUCAGUCCGAACAGAGACCGGCAUCACGCUCAAAGCCCCGCAGCAGGCCUGUUCGGCGGAGAGUAUCCUGUUGAAUUUGGCCGGUCAGCUGAUCAUGCUGCAGAGAGACCGAUCCGGCCCACAGGUACGAGAGAAGGACACGCCGGCCAAUCAGACGAAGCUGGUGAAAGAAAGAAACUCAUACACCUGCCGCAGCAACCGCAAGAAACGCCACCUGAUGGAGGCUCUGUGGCUCUCAUGCGGCGAGGCGGGGAUGAAGGUGUGGCUUCCUCUGUUCCCGCGAGACCACCGCAAGCCGCACUCGUUCCUGUCGCGCCGGAUCAUGCUGCCCUUCCACAUCAACAUCUACCCGCUCACGGUGCUGUUCGAGGACGCGCUCAUCCUGGGUGCCUCCAAUGAGACGGCGCUGUUCGACGGGCCCGGCUCGUCCUCGCUGGAGGGGCUCUUCCUGAUCAUCCUACAGAAUAUGGAGGUUCCGGCGGUCAGCCGUCAACACGCCACUCUGCUCUUCAACACGGCUCUGGAACAGGGCAAAUGGGAUCUGUGUCGUCACAUGAUCCGCUUCCUGAAGGCCAUUGGUUCAGGGGAGAGCGAGACUCCGCCCAGCACACCUACCACUCAGGAGCAGAGCUCCAUGGGGGGCUUCGAGUUCUUCCGGAACCGCAGCAUCAGUCUGUCUCAGUCGGCCGACAGCAUCGCCGGAGGAAAGUUCAACCUGCAGAAGACCCUGAGCGUGCCGUCUGGACCGUCCUCCAAAGGUGGAGAGCGCUGGUGUAAGGACAGUGACUCUGCGGAGAAUCUCUACAUUGAUAUGAUGCUGUGGCGUCACGCGAGGCACCUGCUGGAGCAGAUCAGACUGCGUGAUCUGGGCUGUUUCUCUGCUCAGCUGGGCUUCGAGCUGAUUGGCUGGCUGUGUCGGGAGCGCACGCGGGUCGCACGGAUCGACGACUUCGUUACUGCCCUCAAAUGCCUGCACAAGGACUUCCUGUGGCCAUUUCCUGUAAUCACAGCAUGCUCCAUUAGCUCGCCGCUGAAGAACGGACGCUGCCGCCCAGUGUUGAGUUCUCGUUUGCUGAAGUCUCAGUCUGCGGACAGUUUGCUGAACAGUGACAUGGACACCACGCCCCCUCAGGUCACCACAGCCAAUCACAGCUGGCUGGACAGUUUGGGGGCGGUCUCAAAGGAACUGGGCUCUGCCUCCUCUCACGGAGGGCCGCAGACGCAGGAGGCGUUUCUCUCUCCUCUCAUCAACAAAGGAGAGGAGUGCAGCAUCGGUUCAGCCACGGACCUGACUGAGACCAGCUCCAUGGUGGAUGGUGAUUGGACGAUGGUCGACGAGAAUUUCUCCACCCUCAGUCUCAGCCAAUCAGAGCUGGAGCACAUCUCCAUGGAGCUGGCCAAUAAAGGGCCACAUAGAAGUCAGGUGCAGCUGCGGUAUCUGCUGCACGUCUUCAUGGAGGCCGGCUGUCUGGAGUGGUGCGUCGUCAUCGGGCUGAUCUUACGAGACGCCGGCAUCAUUAAGCAGGUCGUGGGGUUUUUGGACAGUCCAGAAGUCCCUCCAGAAACGGUCCAGAGCAUCCGAGCCGGUCUGAAAGCUGUCGACCUGUGGGCCUCGUCUGAUUGUCUGGGCUACAAGCCGUUCCUGAACCUGGUUGGUCCGCAGCUGCUGAAGCUUCUGGAGGUUCCUGUGGAGCAGGUUCAGCCCGAAGCCUUCCAGCCGACCGGAGCGUCCAAACUGAGCGAGCCUCCGCUGCUGCUGCUGCCCCGAGCCGAGGAGCUGUCCGCUGCUCACCCGCUGCCCUCGGACGGCCCCGCCGGAGCCAGUGCCCGGCCCCUGAACGACACGCCGCCGGAGGAGCAGGAGCCGCUGGAGGAGGGAUCGUAUGACUGCACGCUCUCAUGAUGCCGCGCUCCAGCGUGUGUGUGUGUGUGUUCCUGCUCGUCCACACUGCAGUGUCCUGUGUGUUUUGCUGCGUUUUCAACAUCCUGUGGUCAACAGCAUCAUGUUUUCUCUCUUCACCUCCACGCUGCAAAAAAUCUGUUUCUUCAUUAGUUUUUUUGUUUUUAGCUCUUCCAGUACAAACAUCUAAACAUUCUGACAUCAAGAUACAUUUACUGGAGAAAUCAAAUAUUGCUGAUAAAAGUCAUCAAAAUGAAUCGAGUUCAUGCUUAAAACAAGAAAAUAUAUCAAUGUUU